AUGUGUGGACGUUCAAAUCUCGCUAUAACUAUUUCGUCCAACGGAAUAUUCCAGGGUCACUUACUCAAACUAUGGAAUGCACCUCUUUCCUUCGAACAGAUCCAUGACUGGACUCGUCGAUAUGGCUCGAUUUAUGGUAUUUUCGAAGGAACACAUCCAGUCUAUAUUGUAUUUGAUGUUGAUUUUCUACAAGACGUUUAUAUAAAGCAAAUCUCAUCCUUUCAUUCUCGUCCCUUAAAUUUUCUUGCAAGAAUACUCCAAGGCAAAGGAUCACAUCUAUUUUUUCCAAAAGGCAAUCAAUGGCGACGCCAAAGACACUUUAUCAAUCCAACUUUUACAUCAGCAAAAUUGAAAAUUAUGAUGCCCCUUCUAACUAAAUGCAUCCAAUCGUUGAUGGUGAAAGAUGACAAGAUGAACGGCUAA